AUGUCCACGCUUUCUUCACUUCCCAAAACCUCCUCCUUUACGACGCUCCAGCCGGACCCCAGCGUCCCCACGGUUGACGCCGCGAGAGCAAAUGUCGCUGGGAUCUGUAACCGCCCACGCCAGCUCACAGGCGGCGCUUUCUGCUGGACCAAACCAGAACCACGCAAACGCUACGAGUACCUCUCUACUAGUCCAGCAGCGUUGCGCGACUUAGGUCUUGCUGCUAGUGAAGCCAACAGCCCAGAGUUCCACCAGAUCGUCAGUGGCGAGUCGGUUGUGGAUGCCGACGGCGUGUAUCCAUACGCACAAGCGUACGCUGGCUGGCAGUUUGGGCAGUUUGCGGGCCAGCUUGGCGACGGGCGUGUGGUGAACUUAUUUGAGAUUGACACAUCCAGCGGACGCUACGAGAUACAGCUCAAGGGCGCGGGGAAGACGCCAUUCCUGCGUUUUGCCGACGGAAAAGCGGUGCUCCGGUCCUCGGUGCGUGAAUACGUGAUAUCAGAGGCGCUCCAUGCGAUUGGCAUUCCCACCACACGGGCGCUUGCGCUCACUUACCUCCCAGAAACGUACGCGCAACGCUCGCACGCGGAAAAGUGCGCAAUCGUGGCGCGUUUCGCACCGAGCUGGAUCCGCUUCGGAACCUUCGACUUGUACCGGUACCGUGGUGACCGCCAGGGACUCAGGCAGUUAUCCGAUUACGUGAUUGCGGAAGUCUUCCACAACACCUUGCCUGCCUUCUCAGAAUACACGGAGGAUUUGGGCGCUUUCACGACGUACGAAAAAAUGUACUUGGAAAUUGUCUCGCGCAAUGCCGUUAGUGUGGGCUACUGGCAAUGCUAUGGUUUCUUGAACGGCGUGUUGAAUACGGACAACACGUCUGUGCUUGGGUUGGCCAUGGACUUUGGGCCGUUUGCGAUCAUGGACAAGUUCCAGCCGGACUACACCCCGAACCACGAUGACUCGUCGUUGCGAUAUGGCUAUCGCAACACCCCUGAUUCGAUAAUGUGGAACUGUGUGCGGUUGGGCGAAGAUCUCGCGGAGUUCAUCGGUGCCGGGCCGCUUCUCCAGGACGAACGGUUCAUGGAGAAGGGGAUCACGGCCGACCAGGAAGAUAUGGUUGUGAAGCGCGCAACCAAGGUAAUCGAGAUUGCCCAGAAGGUAUUUCAGGAAAAGUUUUUGGCCACGUACGACACGUUGAUGGGGAACCGUCUUGGAUUGAAGCUGAUUGCGACCGACAGAGAUGAGCUCUUCACCCCGUUGCUUAACUGGUUGGAAAAGUCCGAGACCGACUACAACGGCUGUUUCACCAAGCUCCAGGGCUAUGCUGACCUCAGCUCUAGUCCUACGGACAACACGUUUGUGGAAACGUUGAUUCCUAAGUCGUUGGACUUUACGUAUGCAAAGUUCACAAAAAAGGAGCUUACAAAAGAGAUUCAUGCCUGGUUGAAGCUCUACCGCGAGAGAUUGGCCAAACAAGGAGUCUCUGAUGCUGCUAGAGUGAAGUUGGCCGCCACUGCGAACCCUCACUUUCUCCCUCGUAGCUGGAUCCUCGAUGAGGUGGUGGAGUACAUGGAGUCAAACAACUGUUCCGAUACGUCGCACUUGGAGACGUUGAUGAAGAUGGCUUUGCAUCCGUACGACAAGGAGAAGUGGACAGGGGAGGGGAUUGAUAAAAAAUUAGUGCAACGCUGGAUGGAAGAAGAUGUGGAUAACGCCAGGGCCAUGAUGCAAUGCAGUUGUUCGAGCUAG